ACAGCACUCUCCUUUGCACCCACGCAAGCUGCGCUUUCGCUUCCCUUCGUUCGUAUGUCGCUGGGCUCGUGAAUCGCGUCUACAAAGCAAUGUUUCUGGUCCUCUUCCUCGUCGCCCUCUUGGCCGUCCUCCAUGCGUGCUCCGCCGCGGUCCCGCCCUCGACGCCCGCGAGGCUCAGGUCACGCCAGAUACUGGAGGAUAUCGCCAGUGGUAUGAACACGACGACGAACCAUGCAACACUGCUUGGGGUGGACCUAUCGACGGACAAACAGUCCUAUUAUACCGUCGUUUCGCUGGGCAACAUGAGCUUCCGCGUCGCGCUCGACACGGGCUCGUCUGAUUUCUGGCUGGUGUCUUCGGCGUGCUCUAGCAGUGUCUGCUCUUCUCUUCCUAGGUAUCAGCUUGGAUACAGCAGCUCGACUUUUCAGGCCGUGAACGGCAACAACUCCCUGUUCAAUGUCAGUUACGCGGACUCUACUGUUGCUUCCGGCUUCAUUGCGCGGGAAACUGUCGUUCUACAAAAUUUGACUAUUCCUCAGCAAGCGUUCGGUUUGAUGAAUUUGUCCAAUGUUACGUUGAACAAUGACAUCAGCGGUGUAUUGGGUCUCGGUUUCCCUCGUCUGUCUACUAUCUCGAGCACUGUCGCGAACGCUACGCCCAUCUUCGCAUCUGCGGCAUCGCGGGGACUUCUGAACUACCCCUUGUUCGGGUUGAGCCUCAGGAAGAACGGGACCGGGAGCCUCACUCUAGGCGCGAUCGAUGCAUCGGUCGUUACCAACAGGAGCGCGAUUGAAUGGCAUGACGUCGUCCCAUUCGCGCCCUUCAACGGCACCAAUGACACGACGGCGAGCUAUCUCCAGUGGGCGAUCGAGCUCCGCCAGACAUGGGUCAAUGGCACAAGCGUCACGCCUGAUCCGACCUAUUCUCAGUCGGAUUCCAACACUUCUUUGGCUCUUUUGGAUGUUGGCUCGUCUGGUAUUUAUGGACCCUACCAGGAUGUUGAGCGAAUCUGGUCGCAGUUCAGCGGUAGUCGCCUGGUAGACCAAACAAACGGUCAAUGGGCGAUGCCGUGCGAUUCAAGUGAGACGAUUACAUUUAACUUCGGAUACGGCAACUUUACUCUUCAACCUACCGACUACUUGGUUGGGCCUGUCGCGGGCGAUUCGUAUUAUUGUCUUGCUUGGCCGGCUGCCACUUCACCUCGAUCUGAUGGCAUAGACUGGCAGCUAGGCCAACCUUUCUUGCAAAGCGUUUAUUCAAUCUUCAGUUACGGCAUCGAUACAAAAGAAGCGCCCUUGAUAGGGUUGUAUCCUCUCCACAACGCGACUGAUGUGGCACAGACCGCUAGCGUGGUCAGCUCUUACUUCUCCGCUGCAUCCGCGACCGUCAACACAGCCCUCCCGAACUACCUUGUCCCCACGCCAUCCUACACGACCCCCGAUUAUAUCUUCAACACGUCUGUUACCGCUCCGGCCGGCUUGAUCGUAUCGUCAGGCCUCGGCGCCAGCACGUACUCGCCUGUGCUCGGUACGGGAUACCUCAAUCUCAGCGCUAUUCCGACUGUCAUGCCCUCGCCGACAAUCGUCACCUUACUCAUUACCGAGUCUGGAGGCGUGUCCACAUCGGUGUCGACAGCAUCACAAGCCUCCAUUACCCUCGGCGAGCCCCCAGGCUGGAGCAGCGGCGCAAGCGCCUUGCACGUCCCGUUUAUGACGGUCAUGUUCAGUUCCUGCCUCUUGCUGCUCAGACUCUUCCUCUAGAAUUCGUGGACCUAGCUGUACUAUCCCCGGCCUCCACCCCCACGCGCCGCGCACCUUACGGCAUGACGUUCGCUACGCCGCUCUAUAGCAUACUUACGCCUCAUUCUGGACUUUCGCACGGACUUUCGACCACAGACUGUUUUAGUAACCGUUUUUGGAGCCCUAAUCUCCUGGUUCCUUCGUUUGCGUCGAGCAGUAGCACUAAAGUUAUUGAUAUCCAUCUCGUUUUCGCUCCGAUAUGAUACUGGGCGGGUGAAGUACCAAGCCACCGCUGCAAUCUGACUCCAUCCUCGGCUUCCCUCGAA